AUGCGUUUCUCAACCGUAGUUUCGACUCUUGCCAUUGCAGGUGGAAUCGCCGACGCCACUCUUCAUUCUGGAAGAAGUUUGAGGCAUGUUGGAAAAAAGGACAAGCAAUCCCACAAAGCUAGGGAUACGGCUCCAAGAGGAGAGCAGAAACAUGAAAAGAGGGAUGCUAGUUUUCCAUACUUGACAAAUUCCACUGCUAAAUUCAGUGUGAAUGGUUCCGCUAUCCCAGAUGUACCUUUCGAUGCUGGAGAAUCAUAUGCUGGUUUGUUACCAAUUUCCAAAGCCGCGAAUGAGACAAGAGAAUUAUACUUUUGGUUCUACCCAUCGACAAAUGAAUUGGCUUCCGAUGAAAUUCUCAUUUGGCUUAAUGGAGGUCCCGGAUGUUCAUCGCUCGAAGGAUUAAUUCAAGAAAACGGACCUUGGAUCUGGCAAUACGGUACCUACGCUCCUGUUCAGAACCCUUGGACCUGGGUAAAUCUCACCAAUGUUGUUUGGGUCGAACAACCGGUUGGUACUGGUUUCUCCCAAGGUGUACCUUCUGCUACCAGCGAAGAAGAAGCCGCUGCCCAGUUCCUCGGAUUUUGGGAGAAUUUCGUCGAUACUUUCGCUUUGCAAGGGAGAAAGAUCUUCAUCACUGGUGAAUCGUAUGCGGGAUACUAUGUUCCAUACAUUGCCGAUGCUAUGUUCAACAAGAACGAUACUUCUACUUAUUACAACCUCGAAGCAACCAUGAUAUACGACCCUUCUACUUCUUAUGAUGCCGUUCAAGAACAGAUUCCCGCAGUUCAAUUCGUUGAUUACUGGGGUGGUCUCUUCCCCUUCAAUGAUUCCUUCGUUGAACGAAUUCACAAUGUAUCUGAUUCUUGCGGCUACACUGAUUACCUCGCCAAAUACCUUACUUACCCACCACCCGGGCCAUUCCCAUCCGCUCUCCCUGGCACAGGUGACGACGGAAUUUCUACCACUGACGAAUGCGACGUCUUUGAUUUGAUCUACAAUGAAGUCUUCAGCGUCAACCCUUGUUGGGAUAUUUACCAGGUGGCCACCACUUGCCCCCAACUCUGGGACGUCCUUGGAUUCCCCGGCUCUAACCCUUAUCUCCCUGCCGGCGCCUCAGUCUAUUUCAACCGCACCGAUGUUCAAAAGGCUAUCAACGCUCCUGCGAUUGAAUGGGAAUCAUGCUCUAGCAUUGACGUCUUCGUCAACGGAACAGAUAAUUCUCUCCCCUCCGGUCUCUCCGUCCUCCCCUCCGUCAUCGAACGUUCCAAACGUACCGUUAUCGGCCACGGCGCUUUAGACAUGGUCCUCAUCGCCAACGGCACCCUUCUCAUGAUUCAAAACAUGACCUGGGGUGGAGCUCAAGGUUUCACAAGCAAACCCUCCGAUCCCUUCUACGUUCCAUACCACACCGAGCUCUCUGAUUCCACCCUUGCUGCUUCGGGAGUCUUGGGUACAACACACACAGAGCGAAACCUCACAUUUGUGUAUAUCGAUUUGAGCGGUCACAUGGUUCCUCAGUAUGCUCCUAGUGCGUCGUAUAGAACGCUCGAGUAUCUUUUGGGAAGAAUCGAUAGUUUGUCUAGCACAGCGCCAUUUACCACACAGGAGGAUGUCGUGCAGAGUACAGCUCCCCUUGGAAAUGGUACCGGACCCCCAAUUAAGAGACAGUAUGUUGGAGGUAUGCAAUUUUAG